AUGUGGAGUGGAGCUUUAUAGUUAGGGUAGAAUACUUGUUGACAUCAUGUGAUCUGCGUAACCUUCAAAAUUAUUCGGCAAUCCUAAUUUAUUUGAAAACACCGUUUACAUCAUAAUUUGUCGCAAUGAAAAACGUUAUACAAAAGAAGAUGAACACCUCUCGAACGAAUACAAAUGUUGUCGAUCUAUAGAACAUUCCUCCUAUACCUAUCUUCAUUACACAUUUUCAAAUGUUUUUUUUUUGCGACGUUUUUGUCGGAUAAACCUGAGUCAAUGGAAAAUAAACCUGUUGAUUGGGACAAAUGAGAGAAAUUAAUAGUACAUGCUAAAGAAACUACAUUUGGGAGGAGUCCCACAUAUUGGAGUUGUGUCUGACACCUGAAACUUUACUUGUGUUCUAGACUCAGCAAACCACCACUCAAUGGGGAAAACAGAGGGGCUCGAGGAAACGGUCGCGGAAGAAGUCAAUGCGCAACAAUGAGUCUGGACAAAAUCUCAAAGUGAUAGAUAAAUAAGGGAAAGUAGGUUUUACAAUCCACAACGUGGUAGUUUACAUUUUUUUUUAGAAACGCAGUGGCCAUUGGAAACGUUGCUGUGCAGCGCAAUGGCUACCCAGUGCGACUCUCUGAGCGGAUACUUGCAACAGUCGGACCAGGGCUCAAAUAGCGAGCGUAGUACUGACUCCCCGGUCCCCGGGUCCGAGGAUGACUUGAGCGGACCCCAUGCCUUACCAGACCCGGAGUGGACGGAGGAGAGAUUUCGAGUGGACCGCAAGAAACUGGAAAUCAUGUUAUUAGCGGCCGCUGGGGGACGAGUCAAUGGUGGCGAGGAUUUCUUUCAGAAGGUCAUGGAUGAAACCAAAACACAGAUAGCGUGGCCUUCCAAAUUGAAGAUCGGAGCAAAGUCCAAAAAAGAUCCGCACAUUAAGGUUUGUGGAAAGAGAGACAAUGUGAGGGAAGCCAAAGACCGAAUCAUGUCAGUCCUCGACACAAAGCAGACUAACAGGGUAACCCUUAAGAUGGACGUGUCCCACACAGAGCACUCCCACGUCAUCGGCAAGGGAGGCAACAACAUCAAGAAGGUGAUGGAGGACACGGGUUGCCACAUCCACUUCCCCGACUCCAAUCGCAACAAUCAGGCGGAGAAGAGCAACCAGGUGUCCAUUGCAGGUCAGCCAGGAGGGGUAGAGGCAGCUCGAGCCAAAAUCAGGGAGCUGCUCCCUCUAGUUUUGUCGUUUGAGUUGCCGGCCAUCGUGCAGCCUGACCCAGGCUCCCCCACAGUGCAGCACAUCUCCCAGACCUACAACCUCACCGUAUCCUUCAAGCCCCCCACGCGGCUCUACGGGACCACCGGAGUGGUCCGCGGCUCCCAGAACAACUCUAGUGCCGUCAAGAGGGGCACUGCCAUGCUGCUGGAGCACCUGGCGGGAAGCCUUGCCAGUGCCAUCUCAGUCAGUACCCACCUGGACAUCGCCCCGCAGCACCACCUCUUCAUGAUGGGCCGUAACGGCAGCAACAUCAAACACAUCACCCAGAGAACAGGAGCCCAGAUCCACUUCCCCGACCCUAACAGCCCCCAGAAGAAAUCUACUGUCUACAUCCAGGGCACCAUCGAGUCUGUCUGCCUGGCGCGCCAGUACCUCAUGGGCUGCCUGCCCCUGGUGCUGAUGUUUGACAUAAAAGAGGACAUCGAGGUGGAGCCCCAGUGUAUCACAGCUCUGAUGGAGCAACUGGAUGUCUUCAUCAGCAUCAAGCCCAAACCAAAGCAGCCAAGCAAGUCUGUGAUAGUAAAGAGUGUGGAGCGGAAUGCAGUGAACAUGUACGAGGCCCGGAAGUUUCUGUUGGGUCUGGAGAGCAACGGGGUGUCAUCAGCCAUGUCCCCCUCCAGCAACGGCCCCACCCUCAUCUGUCCUGUCGGCCUGGACAUCCUGGCCUCUGCUGGCCUGGGGCUGAGCAGCCUGGGCUUCCUAGGUGCAUCAGUGCCCCAUUCUCUCAGUAGCUCCCCGGCUCCAAACUCUGUUCUCAACAGUCUGAACUCUUCCAUGAGCCCUAUGCAGAACCCCAGCCCCAGCACCCCAUCUCCCUCCUCCUCACUGUGGCCCAGCUCUCUCACCAGCACCCAAGGCUUCUCGUCUCAGUUGAUGAUGCACCCUGUAGCCCAGGCCACUCUGAGCAGUAUCCUGCUCUCUGGGGUCCAGGGGUACACCCAGAACACCCCCUCCCCUCCCCCCGGGCUUUCCCCAAUCGACAAGCAGACCAACGGGGUCCCCGACUGCUCCAAAGGCCCCUGUACCAUCAAUGGACAUGUCAAGCAUCCUGGCUCAGUCUAUGGCAGGAUGUCCAGUGCGUCACUGGCAGACACUGUUCUGAACCCCAACCAGUGUGACUCGGUCCAGGAGGCCAGCGGACACAACCCGUCAGAACCCCGCUCCAGCAAGUCCAACCAAGACCAAGGCUCUGACACCUUUGUGGAAGUGGGCAUGCCCAGAAGCCCAUCUCACUCAGCAAAUGGAAACGAGCUGAAACAGAUGCUGGCUUCCUGUAAGACGUCAGGGAAACGGCAGGCGGUGGAGCUCCUCCAGGGGACCAAGAACUCCCAUCUCCAGUAUGUCUGUCCAGAGCUACACUCAGACUGCUUACUGUCAGACCCAGAGUCGAGUGCUUCAGACAGCCCAGUGACAGAUAAGAGGGCACCGGGCAGUGAGCGGGCAGCAGAGAGGGCAGCACAGCAGAACGAGAGGGACAGGAUCCGCUUGGUACCACAUUCUUCCUUUGCCAACAUGCAGGGCCAACUAGAGGCGCUUGAAUAUGAACAGAAAAAGCUGUUAGCAACCAAGGCCAUGUUGAAGAAGCCUGUUGUGACUGAGGUGCGGACCCCCACUAACACGUGGAGUGGCCUGGGUUUCUCCAAGUCUAUGCCAGCAGAGACCAUCAAGGAGCUGCGCAGGGCCAACCACGUGCCCUACAAACCCACCAUGAGUACCACCUACGAGGUAAACUCCGACUAUGAGGGCUCCCCCCUGUCUCUUUCCCGCUCUGGCAGCAGAGAGGGGGUGGGCAACGGCAGUGACUCUGACAACUGGAGAGACAGGAAUGGGGGUGGGAACGGUCUUCCCAGCCACGCCGAAUUCCCAGUGUCUGUUUGCAGUCCUAAGAGGAAGCAGAACAAAUCCGCUGCAGAGCACUAUCUGAGCAGCAGUAACUACAUGGACUGUAUCUCCUCGAUCACCGGGAGCAACGGGUGCAGUCUCCAGUCCUCUCUGAAAGGGUCGGACCUCCCGGAGCUGUUCAGCAAGCUGGGCCUGGGGAAAUACACAGACGUGUUCCAACAGCAGGAGAUCGAUCUCCAGACCUUCCUCACUCUUACAGACCAGGACCUGAAAGAGCUGGGCAUCACCACAUUUGGAGCACGCAGAAAAAUGCUGCUUGCCAUCUCUGGUGUGAAUGACUACGAACUGAACAAGAACCGAAGGAAGCUGUUUGAGGCUCCUAUCAGAUCCUCCUUCCUGGAAGGGGGAGCCAGCGGUCGUCUGUCUCGUCAGUUCCACGCUGACAUGGCUAGUGUCAGUGGUCGGUGGUAGAGCUCCACUCCACCAGGACUUAACACGACAGAGAACCAGCCUUCAGUGCCUCUCUUUGGGCUUUUGUAGGCCAGUCUCCAGCCUAUCUGGUUCUCAGUUGUCCACCCUCCAGCUUAUGCUGAACAAUAACUAUUCAACUCUUUUUUUUAUUUUUUUAAGGCCAUAACAAGAAGCCAUAGUUUAACCAGAAGUGCCAAAAAAAAGAGAAGAGCCAUCUGUGGUAUAGAAAGUCCAGUGUUCUCUCCACAUAGUGGUUAGAUGUUUCUGUGGAGUAUCUAUGCAUGAAGGGUAUUUUACUAAUUAUGAAGGACAGGUACUGCCCAGUAGUUGUCCAUUUUUGUUAAAGGGAACAGGCCAAAUGAUUAGUACAAAAUAAUUACAUUGAUACUGCAUUCGUAGUAUGCUGUUUUAUCAAUGACAUGCACUUUAACAAUUUUGCCUGUGAAAGCCUGAUUCCUCAUAUUGGAAUACCUAUGCAUUUUGUAUUAACUCAAAGCACAGAUGUAUUUGUACCAAGCCAAAUGUAAGCACUUAGUGAGAUGGGGAAAUGAAGUCAAUAAAGUGACAUCAACAACUAAACGCAGAACCUAGUGGAUUGACCUUGGACCCCUCAGUGUUUUGAUUGAUUGACAUUCCACGAAGGUCAGUGUUGUAUCCACCAGCAGCUGCUGUAGUUGGGCUGCAGUCUGUAUGUCAUAUGUAUUUAGAAAAGUAUUAUUUUGUAUUCACAUUAUUAUUUUUUAUCCUUCUGAGGUAAUAAUCAGUUUCAUGUAUUUUUUUUAUGUUUUCAUUACUUUAUACAUUCACAAAUGAGUUCCUGUGGUUUCUAAUUAGUUCAUUAUUAGUCUCUUUGAUAAUUACCUUUACCCCAUAAUCUUUGGUGCCGUCAGGCUGUGUCAUGAGUCUGCAGCAGAGAAAGAGAGCAGUCUGUCAAAACAGCAGGCCCCUCUCUCUGAUUCUGUUUGUUGGCCUCCUGUGGUUUUCUUAGUCAUUGUCAUUAUGUCUCCUGUAGUCAUGUCAAUGGUCUUUGUCAGUUAGUCUUUCUGUGGUCUAUAUUCUGUGUUGAAUCCUCCUAUGUGUUCCUCUAUCUAUUCAGGAGACAUGUCAUUAUUCCCAGACUGUGUGCUUUUAUCUUUCCUUACACUUUAUCCGCUUUUAGAGCUCUGGACAGAGAAGCAACCUACUACAGUGUCGAAUGCCUCCACACUACUACAGUGUCGAAUGCCUCCACACUACUACAGUGUCGAAUGCCUCCACACUACUACAGUGUCGAAUGCCUCCACACUACUACAGUGUCGAAUGCCUCCACACUACUACAGUGUCGAAUGCCUCCACACUACUACAGUGUCGAAUGCCUCCACACUACUACAGUGUCGAAUGCCUCCACACUACUACAGUGUCGAAUGCCUCCACACUACUACAGUGUCGAAUGCCUCCACACUACCACAGUGUCGAAUGCCUCCACACUACUACAGUGUCGAAUGCCUCCACACUACUACAGUGUCGAAUGCCUCCACACUACUACAGUGUCGAAUGCCUCCACACUACCACAGUGUCGAAUGCCUCCACACUACUACAGUGUCGAAUGCCUCCACACUACCACAGUGUCGAAUGCCUCCACACUACUACAGUGUCGAAUGCCUCCACACUACUACCGUGUCGAAUGCCUCCACACUACUACCGUGUCGAAUGCCUCCACACUACCACAGUGUCGAAUGCCUCCACACUACUACCGUGUCGAAUGCCUCCACACUACUACCGUGUCGAAUGCCUCCACACUACCACAGUGUCGAAUGCCUCCACACUACUACAGUGUCGAAUGCCUCCACACUACCACAGUGUCGAAUGCCUCCACACUACCACAGUGUCGAAUGCCUCCACAUUACCACAGUGUCGAAUGCCUCCACACUACCACAGUGUCGAAUGCCUCCACACUACCACAGUGUCGAAUGCCUCCACACUACCACAGUGUCGAAUGCCUCCACACUACCACAGUGUCGAAUGCCUCCACACUACCACAGUGUCGAAUGCCUCCACACUACUACAGUGUCGAAUGCCUCCACACUACUACAGUGUCGAAUGCCUCCACACUACUACAGUGUCGAAUGCCUCCACACUACCACAGUGUCGAAUGCCUCCACACUACUACAGUGUCGAAUGCCUCCACACUACCACAGUGUCGAAUGCCUCCACACUACCACAGUGUCGAAUGCCUCCACACUACCACAGUGUCGAAUGCCUCCACACUACCACAGUGUCGAAUGCCUCCACACUACCACAGUGUCGAAUGCCUCCACACUACCACAGUGUCGAAUGCCACCACACUACCACAGUGUCGAAUGCCUCCACACUACCACAGUGUCGAAUGCCUCCACACUACUACAGUGUCGAAUGCCUCCACACUACCACAGUGUCGAAUGCCUCCACACUACUACAGUGUCGAAUGCCUCCACACUACUACAGUGUCGAAUGCCUCCACACUACUACAGUGUCGAAUGCCUCCUUUACUUCUCUCUCUAAGCUGCUCAGUAGGGAAUUGUUUCUAUUAGAAUAUAGCUAUUUGGACUGACACUACCUCUCACCUAGGAGGGAACUCACACCAUAGGUGUAAACUCAAAUUUAUUUCAUAUGACAGCCCCUAGCCUAGACACAUUUCUACAUUUACCAAGAUUGUGUCCUCAACAUGUAUUCUAGCUUAAAUUAAGAAUAGUGGAAAUAUACAAUUUUCAGGCUCAGUUGUGCAAUCAGAUAUCUGGGAUUCUUGUAAAGAUAUAUUUGAUGAAGUGACAGGAUUAGGUGUGCAGUGGCGCUGCUUAUCAUCAAAGGACGAAGUCACUCUGAUCUCUGUAUUAUGUUCAUGUAAAACAGUAUUCUCAUACCCUUUUGUUAACGCUGUCUGACUCUGGAAGGUUUUUGCUGUAACUGUUUUAGAUUGAACGCCCAUAUUAAGCCUGGAAGUUGAUAGUCUUUGUGCAUUCUAUCAUAUAUAAGACUGUUAGUUUGAAGUACUCUUCAUUUGCAGAAUGUUUGUUGGUCGAUGGUACAGUAUUUGACGGACAAUGCAGUGAACUCUAUGUAGAGCCCAAAGUGAAAAACGAAGUCUUGAAGCUAAAUGACAGUAGGUACAGAAUGCUGAAGCAGAUGUAGAGAGAACAUUUCAAAGCAACUUACAUGCCAAAGCUUUGUUUCCACACAACAGCAACAUCACUGGCAACAGACGUCUUAGCAUCAAACCAUUCUGUCAUCAGGCACAGAGAGAAGUAGCUUGUUUCUCAUGUUGCAUGCUUUUUCUCGUGAAGAUCUGUUGUAUCCUGUGUUUACGCCAUACCACUUCUUCUAACUGAUUUGUGCCCAUGUCACUAUCGUAUCAAUAAGAUAUCCUGACUUGGUUGUCAUUUCUGACCAGUAGUGUGUCAUUUUCUUUGAAAUCUUGAAACGACAGGAUAUUAAAAGGGAUUUGUUCCACCAAAAAUGUGGGUUGUGUUCAACCCUUUAUCAUGGUACUAUAUUGAAGCUGUUCAGCAUUGAUUAUGUCAGUGCAGUUAUGUUGAGCCAUGGUAGCUACCCUGCAAACCAGACAAUGUUUUAUUUUUAUUUUCCGCUUCUGUAAAGUUAAGCCUGCGGUCAUUUGUGUGCUUGGAGGGUAAUAGAGAUGUCUGUCAAGUGAAUGUUGUUAGUGAGAAUUAUUGCUUUUUUAUCUGGUUUAAUGAGUCAUUUGCAAUCAGUUUACCACCAGCCUCCUGUCCCUACACUUAUUAUGUCUUAAAUGUUUGUGUUUAGUUCCUGUUAUUCCCAAAGGGAUACAUUUGAAGGGUCUACUUUAUACUGAGUUGGAUAAAAUGGUACAACAUUUAUAAUGAAUGUAAACCACUAAGGAAUUUAUGUAUGUUUUGCAUCUCUUUUGUAUCCUGUGCAGCCAUGCUUGUUAGCAACUUAUCUCCAGUUUUGUGUGAGAGAAAGGUACUGUUCCAAAAAGGUACUGUUCCAAAAAAGGUUCUACAGAAGAAGGACAUUGUUUUAGCUAUGUUGUUAUAUCUGUAAAUAUAGUACAGAUGUGUUUUGGAGGAGUUAUCAAAUAAGCAAAAAAGUUUGUUCAAAACAUUGAAGUGUUAUUACAAAGGUAAUAAAUGUAUGCAGUAAGA